AUGGUUGAUGUUCUCUAUUCACUUGUGGAUGUUAAUGAACGAUUUAAUCGAUUAAUAUUUGAUUUUCUUUAUAUUCAUCAUCUUGAUAUGACCAUCAAUUCAUCGUUUGAUCAUAUUAUUCCAAUAGACAAACAAAUUUCAAGAAUUUGUGAAAAAAUCUUACCUAGAAUUCAACAUCAAAUAGAAAGACUUACUGUUGAACCACAUUCAAUAAAACCUAUUCUUAGUUUCAAUUAUCGUCAACUUUAUUCUUUAUCACUUGUUAAUUUUCCAGAAAAAAUAUUUCUUCGAUAUUUUACAGAUUUGCCAGUUAGUAUUUAUAAUCUACCACCACCAAGUUUCAAGUCUUCAACUUUAACUAAUUUGAAAAUUAAUGUUGAAAUUAUUGAUGAUUGUCUUGAUCUUCUUGAUGGACGUCUAAAUUGUUUAUCAACAUUAAUUAUCAGGAUAACUCAAAUUUCCUCUACAAUAUCGAACACAGAUAACAUUACGAAACUUCCCAAAUUGAAAUAUUUCUCAUUAAUUUCAAAUAAUUACACAUCUUAUUAUGAUGAUCUAGUUUGUCCGUUACUUGAUCGAAUGAUAAAUCUUGAAGAAUUGAAAUUAUAUUUAUUCGUAAGAAGAUUUGAUUCGAUUUAUAUUGAUGGUAUUCAAUUAUAUGAUCAAAUUCUUAUUUAUAUGCCAAGAUUAAAUAAAUUUACAUUCAGUAUAAAGACAUUUGUUGUUAAUAAGAAUAUUAGAAUUAAUCUUUCAUCAAAUGAAAAUAUCCAAUGUAGUUUUAUUGGAAAAAAAUAUGGUCAAGUUGGUUCAUAUGUUCAUACAUGGUCAAUGGAGACUAAAGGCGAAUGUCAUAUCUAUUCAAUUCCAUAUGAAUUUGAAUAUUUUCAUGAUCUCAGCAUUUCUUUUCCAGGUGGCAUGUUUCAUAAAGUUCGAAACUUGAUGAUGGUAGAUACGUAUCCGUUUGAGCAUAAAUUAUUCAAAAUUAUUUCACAAGAUUUUCCUUUUCUACAAUAUCUAUGUAUAUAUAAUGAUGAAUCAGAAAAAUAUAACGAAGAUUCGUUUCCAUUGAUAACUUUUCCAAAUCUUACACUUCUGCAUAUACAGUUUGCACAUGUAAAUUAUGUUGAACAAUUUCUUUUGAAGAAAUAUACUCAUCUACCUAAUUUGUUAAAUCUCUAUAUUCGAUACGAGUCACUCGAAAAAAUAACAAAUAAUUUUACCAAUGAUGUAGUACAUCUCAAUUUCGACAAAUUAAAAGAUCUUCAUAUACUUGAAUUAUUUGUUGGUUCAGAAAGUUUUCAUAAAUAUUUUGCUUUCUUAUAA